CAACCGUCAGUCGGUUCAACGGCGUCAAACGCGUCGCCCGCGCCUCGAUUAGAAAAUAACGAACUGGCCGAAAACGAAUUGAAGUGGCGGGAACACUUUGACAUCUGUCAAAAUUCUGUGACUGAGGUUGUGUCAAAUUGUGGUGUGUUUUUGUGUUUUAUUUAAACGACUUUGUGAGUUUCUCGAAGAUAAUAUUUUUUAUAAAUAACCGACGUGUGCUACGGUCGCUUGCAUUAAGAGUCGCCUGCGCUUGAUCGCACGCCAGUCGCCUACCAGCCGUCGCGGCGAAAGCACGUCCGAGUCACCGACGACAUAAAACAAAUGAAACCGUGUGCCUGCUGUGUCGUGCGUGUGAUGUGACAGUGUUGUUCCGUUUUGUGUCGUAUACUGUUUUAAAAACAAUAUCAUAAUGCAGGGAAGAGACAAAAUAUGCGCAAAGCUGACGAGCGCAUUCCUCAUGAAGUGGUGGCUGGUGCUCGCAAUCGCCGUGGUACUUCUGCUCCUGGGUGUGAUUUGCGCUAUAUUCUUCGGCACCUGGGUCCGACUCUUCAUAGACCAUGAGCUGGUGCUGCGCCCUGGCUCGAUGACGUUCGAGUGGUGGGCUCAGCCGCCGGUGCGGCCGUUCGUCAGGGUGUACGUGUACAACGUGACCAACGCGGACGAGUUCCUCAACAACGGCUCCAAGCCGGUGCUAGACGAAUUGGGACCUUAUGUGUACUCCGAAGAGUGGGAGAAGGUGAACAUAACAGACAACGAGAAUGGAACCUUGUCCUUCCACUACAAGAGGACGUACACAUUCCAACCGGAGCUGAGCACCGGCAUGGACGACGACGCGGUGGUCGUGCCAAACAUUCCUAUGCUGAGCGCCACAUCUCAAUCAAAGCACGCGGCGCGAUUCCUUCGGCUCGCGAUGGCCUCCAUCAUGGACAUUUUGAAGAUCAAGCCGUUCGUGGAGGUGUCGGUGGGCCAGCUGCUGUGGGGCUACGAGGACCCUCUCCUCAAACUUGCCAAAGACGUAGUGCCUAAGGAGCAGAAACUGCCUUAUGAGGAGUUCGGACUUUUCUAUGGUAAAAACGGCACCUCGCCCGAUGUGGUGACGAUGUUCACCGGCGCCACUGACAUCACCAAGUACGGCAUCCUGGAGAGGUACAACACGCGCGACAAGCUGCCGCAUUGGACCACCGAUCAGUGCAACAGCAUCGCCGGCUCGGACGGCAGCAUAUUCCCGCCUCACAUCACCAAGAACGACACCCUUGAGGUGUAUGACAAGGACCUGUGCCGGCUGUUGCCGCUGAGGUUCCUGGAAGAGGUGGAGUCUGCAGCGGGUGUGGACGGGUACCGGUUCACGCCGCCGGAGGACGUGUUUGCAAAUGACGAGCACAACCGCUGCUACUGCCCCGCCGGUCCGCCCUGCGCGCCCAAUGGACUCUUUAACGUCUCCCUGUGUCAAUAUGACUCCCCCAUCAUGCUCUCGUUCCCUCACUUCUACCUGGCGGACCCCAGUCUCCGGGAGGCUGUCGAAGGUAUCUCGCCCCCCGUGCCAGAAGACCACAGACUUUUCAUUGAUGUUCAACCCGAGAUGGGUAUCGCGAUGCGGGCCCGCGCCAGGAUCCAGAUCAACCUGGCUGUCUCGCAGGUGGUGGACAUCAAGCAGGUCGCCAACUUCCCCGACAUUGUGUUCCCCAUACUGUGGUUCGAGGAGGGUAUCGACGAGCUGCCCUCGCAGGUGACGUCGCUGCUGCGGCUGGCGACGAAGGUGCCGCCCAUCGCGCGCGCCACGCUCGGCUGGGGGCUCUCCGCGCUCGGCGCGCUGCUCGUGCUGCUCGCCGUCACCUGCCUCAUCAGAUCAUCACACCGCCAGAGCACUCUGAGGUUAGAGGGACAUGUGAUAGCGAAGCCGCCUCCCGCUAAAACGCCGAGCAAAGAGAACGGAUACGAGUUAAAUAGUAGGAGAUAAUACUUUUGUAUUUAUACGCGUUGGUUAUACGCUUUUUCGCAUCAUGUGUAAUUUUCGCAUUUUUACAAAUAUUUUUAGCAUUUUUCGCAAAUAUACCAAUAGUUGUAUAGGUAUAUCAUCCAAUGGUGUACUCAAUGUGGAUGUUGUAAAUAUUAAAAAUGUUCAAUUUAUUGCUUUGUACGCUAUUAUGUUAUACAUUUGUAAUAAAUUUUAGUUAAAUUAAGAAAAUGAAGUCAAAAUAUUAAAUGUAAUUUCUUGUUUGACUACCGUUAGCUAAACCAUUUAAAAAGAUACAUUUUUGUAAAAUUAGUCCAAAUGCGAAAAGGCGAAUAAUCGACCCUAAGCAAUACUCGUACACACAUUCAAAAUGUAUGUGCAAGUGCGUCUAUGUUUAAGGGUGAUCUGAAGAAUUCUAUUAAAAAAUCCUUUAUAAAUGUGAAUUAUUGAUUUAAUUUUAGAAUUAAUACAAAAGAGGUCGCGGUAGGUCAGGCACCCGAAUCGAUGUAUUUUUAGACGAAUUUUAUAACCUAUGAGAUUGAAUACAGGGCGUCUCUGGGUCAUUUUUGACCCCAACUAGUUUCAUUACGGGUGAAUAUAACCUCUACACGAUUAAUACUUCUUGUAUGGCACAUCCCUCCCUCACAUUGAGGGACCGUAAACAUCCUGUCAUGCACGGAGGAUGUACCAAGCUUCGAGCCGAGACUGAAAAAAAAAAUUUUUUUCAUACAACAUUUAUAAAAAAAAUGUACUUAAUCGUAAAAAAACAACCUUAUUUAAUCACGUUCGAAGUAUUUGGCGCUUGUCUUAGGCGUAACGUUACCGCGUCAAUUUACACCUCCUAUAUUACGUUAUUUGACGCUAAGCUAAUAAUUUGGAACAACAAUUAAUUUUAUUCAUAUCAAAAUAAAAAUCGACGCGUGCGACUUAAGUUCGUUGCGAAGUCCUAACAUCAAAUUUUUUUUUUCCUUAUAACUACAGAAUAUUAUUACAUGUCAAAAUAUCAAGAAUCAAUUCUUUAUAAAUGUUUGUUUAUAACUGGAGCAGAGACGCCCGCGUAUAACCUUUAAUCACAGACCAAUAAACUUCAAGACCUUACAUACAUUAUUGUGUAACAUAUUCCAUGAACAAUAUCUAGAAAGAUAAUAUAAUCAACGUUGUUUUUUCCCAACAAAUAGUUAAUCGGACUUUCCGGCUUAUAUGUUUUUUUUUUUGGAAUUACUAAUAAAUCUUUUGCGUUCUGUCUAGAGUUUGAUAAGGGUUCAGUAGUCUUGUAGGUUUAUUUUUCUGUGUGUUUGUCCAAGGCGACAUUUAGACAUCGAAAAACUAGUUUCAGGUGUUACUUUUAAUGGUGACUAUUUUAUGUGUUAAAUGGAAAAGUUUAAAAAUUAAACCCAUUUUUUUCUGAUUUUCAAAAUAAGUCAAUUUGUUUUAAGAAUUUUGGGAAUAAUUUUUAAAAUGUUUCCACGUUUUUUUUAUCGAUAUUUCAGUUUCUUUGUAUUAAAAAAGCCAACACUUUAUUCAUUUCUGUAUAAAAUUAUUAUUGUUAAUGAUAUAUGGAUAUGGAGGUUACUUAUGUUUUUUUAUGUAUUAAAAAUAUUUUUUAUCUUUGUAAUACAAUGCAUACAUUUCUAAAUUAAAGUUGUAUAAAUAAAAAUUUGUUGGAGGUAGAAUUUCAUAUCCGCUCGGAGAGCAAACAGCGUACAAAAGAUGUUUAAACCGGCCAUAGUGUCCGACGUAAGUAUGUCGCGUUCCGGGAUCUACCCGUGUAUAUCCGACUACAACAGGCCGGCAUAAUUGUGUCUACUGCCAAGGGGUAAUCAUCACUCGUCAGUCGACAUUCUAUUGUACGCCACUCCACUUACCAUCAGGUGCAGUGGGCUCUUUUGCCUUGCGCGUAUAUAAAAAUGUUGUAUGUAGUAUUAGGCAUAUAUCUACAUCUUCUGAGUUAUCACUUGUAAGUUAUAAAGUAUGCUAAAACUCAACAGAUAGGCCUCCUUCACUGUUAAAUGAAGUUCUGUGAGCAUUAUUGAUUUGUCUAUAAUAGUUUAGUAAUGAUAUAUUUUGGAUAUGCGUGAGGUCGCAUGCUACGGUCUGGGGAGACAUUCCAAUGAUGCCGCAGGUGACCCGCAGAAUGCCGGUCUCUUGGUUACUAAUCACCGCUAGCCUAAAUACCGGACUUGGGAAAAUUAAUGGACAAUAUACAAUUUGUAAUCAUUACUUUGCAGCUGAGGUAUCGAUAAUUACUCCGUCCGUAACUAAAUCUUUAUUAUAGAGUUUAAUGGACUAUUUUUAUAAAUGUCAACUUAUUACGUCACAAGUUUUCUAUAAAUCUCAUAUUUUAUGGAUUUAGACUAUUAUAUUUUUAAAAGAGGUUUAUGUUAAGUUUUGAAUUUAAAAUUUUAUGUUUUUUUUUCAUUGCGGGAAUAAUUGUGAAUGUAUAUUAAUAAUUGGAUUACUGAUUUGUGACGUCAGAGGUGCCUCAAUGAACAACUUUAAUAUUAUAAAACUCAUAUUUUACGAUUUCGACUAUUUGUAAAUAGUAUGAACAGUGACACACAGAUAUUUGUUAAUUAUUUAUUAUAUUGCUGUUAUCACUAUCUUAUUCAAUCACUUAAACAUUGAUAUCUUAUUUAUAUUAUAAAUUCGAACGCUCAUGAAAAAAAAAAUUAGACGAUUGAAUGUUUGUCUCUUGUCAGAAGUACAUGUAGAAACGGCUGAACGGAUUUGGAUGAAAUUUGCCACACGGAUAGAUGAUGACCUGACCUAGAAUAACUCAAGCUACUUUUUAUCCCAUUAAUUUGCUCUCAUGGUAAAUAAUAGAAUUAUUAAAUGAAUGGCGCUGGCGUCCACGUGGCGCUGUAAAUCGGUAGUGUUUUAAAAACUUUUGUGGCUGGAAGGCUUUUUAUGCUAACGAAGCCCCGAGUAACAUCUAGUGUAUUCAAUAAUAAAAUGAGUUUAUAUUUUUAUUCGCAUACGUGUUGACCAGUACGACUGUAGAGAAUCCAAAUCUGACUUGUGGAUAACUAGAUAAAAUAUUUAGUACUUAUCAAAAAGGUAUAAUGUUUUGGUAUUAAUCAUUCAAAUAUUGAUUAAUCUGUGUGUCGCUGUCGUGGACUUGGUCUAAGUGGGGCGGGAUUUAAUGGAGUUUAUCUUACCGUUAGUAGUAGAGACUAGUCUUAACACUGGGUUCCGUCCAAUAGUAUUAUUGCUCCGCUUGCAAACAAAAACUGUCCCACUAACAACUACUGAAGUAUUCCUUUAGUUUUAUAUAUUGUGAAUUAUACGACUCAAAGUUAAUUUGUAAUCGUCUAUAAAAAAAAUAAACAUUACACCAUAAGCAAUAUUGGCUAUUAACCGCUGAAAUUAUAUCCUUAGAUUUACGGAAACUAAAAAUAAAUAAAGUGGGACAGUUUUUUAUAGCAAAUUUUUUUUACCAUUUUUACUAAUGGGCGUAGUCAAAACAUAAAAGCAUUUUUUUAUUGGUCUAGUUUGAUAUUUUUUUGGUGCAAAGGAUUGGCUACGCUCAUGACUUGGAACUAGGGGUUUAAAGUUAGUUAUAAUGAAGAAACAACAUAUAGCGGUUUCUGAAGGAUCAAAAAACCAACGGACAAUAAUUAUGUAAAGACUGUAAAGUAUAUUUGAUGAUUAUAUAUUUUUUUGUACUUUUUAUUGCAGAGUUUGGUUAUUAUGCAGGAUUGCAUCUGUUCAUGUUUCUUCCAAUUUAUAGUUUACAAUCCUGCGAAUAAAAUAACCGACAGAAAUUUCUUUUUAAAUUAAAUACUACCAAUUGCGAAGGGCGGGUCAAUAUUGACCCAUGUAUUUUUUUAUAAAACUGAACGUAAUCUGAGAUUCACUCGUUGGUUUUUAAAACACAUUUAAUGAUACGAAAGGAUCAAGUGGGUCAUUUUAAACCCAAAUGUUGCGAUUCACACAAAAUCGUCUGUAACUAAAGAUUUAUAUUAAAAAUGUAUGCUCAAAUGGAUAGAAUAAGAUCAUAACUUUCUGUAAGAAAUAACCAAGGGCAAAAUAUUUAUAUGUGACGGUUGCCAUUUAUAUCAUACUUACAGGUGAAAAUUUUUCUUCUUUUUCUUGUUGAAGUAAUAACUUAAAUCUUUUCUACAAAAAAAUAAAAUUAAUAUUUUUUUUUAAAUAUUAUAUACCUGUAGCUUAAAUCUUUUAAUGGCCUAGACAGUUUUUGAACUGACCUUAGUGACCAUAUUUAAAUUAAAAAAAAACCUUUACGAUCUAUUCCUUGCGGAGGCAAUCCUUAAACCUCGAGAUAGCAAAGUAUAUUUAUGCUAUUUUAGAGUUAUCAUACCACGAAACAAAAGUCGCCCCAUUGACAGCAUACGUUCAAAAACAUUUUAAAUUAUAAUACACUUGGUUUAUUUCUUUUAGGAAGAUAUGAAAGUAUAAUUUGUUAUAAAUCGUUUGUGACUUGUAAAUAUGAAUAAAGGUGUAAGUUAUA